UAUAUUUUAUGGCGUAUUAGUAUAACAUUAAUUUUUAUGUAUAUUAGGAACACUUACUAUGCAAUUACCUCUUUCAGCAAUACUUUCAUAUAUUUGUGACAGGAGAAACAGUGCAUCAAAUAUAGCAUCAUAUUUAUUUGACAACAAAAUAUAUCGAUAGAUCGAAAACGAAUACAUUUCUGAAUUAUUAAUACAUUUAAAAUUCGAAUGUUACAAAUUGUUCAAUUAUUUAUAAAAACUAAAAUUAAAAAUUUACUAGAGAAUACUAAAACUAAAUUGGAAAGUAUUCAAAAAUGUUAUUCAUUUAGUUAGUAUUAGAAAACGUUAGUUUAUUGCGCGAAUAAUUAACGAUCCGUUUAGAUAGUAGGCCCUAUAUUUAAAUAUUUUAUUCUUUUUGUAAAUAUAAAUUACUAGUCAAGGAAUUGCAAACAUUUUUAUCACUUUUAUAGUAAUUAUUUCACGCAACAUUAAAAUUUCGAUAAAUAAAUUUUUGAUUAGUUAUUGUUUCAAGUUUUGUAAGUUCAAAAAUCUUCUCUACAUGAUUUUUAAGAUUUUGAACAAAAAAAUAAAUAUCAUAAAAGGGGAAAAAAGAAUUGUAAGGUGAAGAUAAAAAAUAAAAGAAUUUACUAAUAUUUAAGCAGUGAGUAAUAUUAUAAACUUUUAUUGGAAGAAAAAACUGAAUUAUUUAAAAUCAAAAUUUACUGAAGAAAAAAAAAUCUAAAACUAUGUUUCUAAUAGACAAUGACAUUAACUAUAAGAGAUGUAAUUUCGCAUAAAACUUUUGAAAAAUGAUUCAAAAGUUUAUUGUUUAUAGUAGACAAAUAACACGAUUUAUUUAUUUUUAAAUAACAAAUUAAUGUAACAACAAAUUCUAAAUUCACAAAAUUUUACGAAUGGACUGUUUCUGGUUAGAUCUUUAUUCCAAUAGUUGAUCAGUGUGCUAUAUUGUGUUAUUUAAUAAAUUAAAAUCAAACGAUUACGCAGGCCGCAAUUUAUCAAUUUUAGUUUGAUGCUAAUGUUUUUCUUACAUAACGAAUCAGAAAUAAUGACCUUUAUCAUAACGAGAGUCGAACAUGAAUCCCAUGGGAAGGGAGAAUUCUGAGAUAUCAUAUUCUAAAAAAUGUGUAUGAAACGAAACUAUAACUUAACAUUUAGGGUAAUAUCAUCAAAUAUUGAAGUAAGAAAAUUGUUAAAAAUAGAAUGCGAAAGUAAAGUUAUAAAAAUUUUCUAUAUAAAUAUUCUUGUUAAUAGAAUACCACAUGAUACAAUUUAUAAACUAAAUUUAUAGGAUAUCCAUAUUUAAUGUCGGCAUUUUUUAAUUAAUUAAUUAAUUAAUGCAUAAUUAAUAUGUUUAAAAUUUUUUAUUAGCUUAUGUAACAACUUCGAUAAAAGAACAUAAUGCUACACUAAAAUUACUGAAAUUGUAAAAAUUGGGAGUAGGCAUUUGUUUAAUAACAUCUGUUUUAAUAUUUAAAAAACUGUUUUUUGAAGUUUAUGUCUAAUCAUAUUAGCUAAUUUUUAGGUUAUAUCAAUAUUUAAUUUCAUAAACUAUACUAUUCCUUCAUAAAGGAUAAUCCUCAUUAUUAUACCGUAAUAAAACUCUAGUUAAAAAGAAAUUCAAAUGUAACAGAUAACAUCUUAAAAACAUUAUGCUAAUACAUUUCAUAAUAUGGAUUGUGGUCAAACUAAGGCCUUAUUAUAAAUAUGUUUCAAUAUGAUUGUACAAUAUAUAAAUUAAAUAAUAUUUUUAAAAUGUCGUUCAGAAAAUAUUCUGUUUUUUCUUUACUGUCAAAAUAAAAGUCUAAUAAAACGGUUUGAAUGUAAACAAAAGCAUUUUCAAAUUAGAUAUUAAAGACAGAAUCGAUUAAUGAUUAUUUUAAGUUAAAAUCAGCAAUAUAAAAAGACAAGCGAAUGAUACACAAAACAUGUAAUUUAUUCAUUAUUUACUUUAUUAAUAAUUAACAAUCUUACGAAAUUUCGGACAACUCCCAUUACUAAAUUAGUUUUCUUUCUUAUCACUAGACGGAGUUUGUAUAUUAAAAUUUCCAAUGACUAUCGAGUCUAACGUUAACCCGCCACGUUUAAGAUAAUUCGGGUUUUGUUAUUGGCUGUUUGUUUCUAUAGCAACCAAAUGUACUAGUUCUGUACACAGACGGAACUAGAGAAAUACGAUGAACAGUGGGUUCGCACAUAGUCCUAUUGAAGCUGUCACAUGAUUUAAAAAAAGGACUAAACAACACUACAGAAAAAAAAUGUGCCAUAAAAUGACACGCAAGAAUGACAACGGGAAAGUUUUUAUAUGAAGUGCAAUCAUCGGAUAAAAAAAUGGUGAUAUUUCAUCUUUCCGAAUCCAAUUGCAGGUAAUUUUGAAGAAUUGUCAGUUAUUGCAAAAAUUUAUAGGAAUAUAUUGUUAAACUGAUAGCCAGAUAUGUGAACACCUUUCUUAAAAUAGUCAGCGUGACGCCAUUGUUGAAUUGCGUGUGAGAAGAAUUGUAAUGUGAUAAAACGCUAUGUCUACUCCAAGCAGCGAGAUAUAAUGAAGAGAAAAAGGAAAAACAAGAAAAUUCUCAAUUUCACUUGAUAUAAUUAACAGUUAGAAUGGCUAUGGUAAGAGGGAUCGGAGGUAGAGGAGGAGGAAGAAGUAUGGGUGGACAAUGGGGUAAACGAUCUGGAAACUUCAGUCGACAGCAAAGUUCCGAUCCUAGUAAUCAGUCGGCCUAUUCCAGCAGAAAUGGGUGAGUAAGAUUCUGAACUUACAUACUGGAAUCAAAUAUACUUUAAGUUAAAACAUUUUUAUCGAAACAGAGUUUGUAAACGAUAGGGAUACAUUACCAGAUGGCGCCACCGUUUGACUACAUAAGUUAACUCGAUAAUUUAAUCUGAUUAAUACAUUACGGAAUUAUUGAAUUUUCAUUUAUUAAAAAUAUCAUUAAAUAAAUAUUUUAAAUUUAUUAUACUAUAAUAUUUUCAAUAAAAAUGCUGCUAGGAAAAUAGAUCAAAUUUAUUCAAGAAUAUUUUAAACAUUAUUUAAAUUAACAGUUAAUUAAUAUAUAAAAAGAAACUUGGAUUUGUAAAUAUAAUAUUGGCGUUAGAUUAUUUUCAUCAGAAGUUUAUAGAUCUGUAAUAAGAAAUGAAAACGUAAAGUAAAAAUUAUUAAAUAUUUCGACAGUUAUUAGGAAAUAUAAAGUGUUAUAUAGCUUAAUUAGCAUUUAGAAAAUAAUUAAAAAUUAGCAUUUGGUUCUUUUAAUUCGAUGAUCGAAUUUUGUAAAAAUUGAAAGAAACUAUUUGGCAAUUUUCUCUCGCAAAAAAUUAAAACUGGAAAUUAUAUAAAAGGAGUGUCUUCCGUUUAAGAAUAUCGAUUGAUAGAAAAAUUGCAUCGGUGCCAGUUAAGAGGACAUUAUUUAGACAUUUGUUGUUUCUUCAGCUUUUCUUGUCAUUCUUGAUUUCUUUUUCUUCUCUAAUAAUAAGUUAGAGGUCAAAGAAGGUCUUACAGAACCCUUUCGACUGAAGACGAUAUCCUCAAUUAGUUCGUCAUUUUAAUUAGAUUGUUCUUUACAUAGAUUUAAUCUUUCGAUAUUUAAACUUUCUAAAACAAAUAAUAACUUAUCUUUAGAAAAAGUAAUUUGUAGCAUUUUGAGAGGUAAAUAUACAAAAAAAAAAAAAAAAUUAAUUUUAACAUAACGAUGUUCUAUCAUGUAUUAAAUAAUUAAGGAAAGAAAGAUUUAAUUUUUCAUCCCUAUAAUUAUAAGCUGUAUGCUUCUUUUAUUUCAACUAAUAAAUUUUCAUCUUCUCAUCCUAGAAUAACACAUGGAAUACUAAAUUAUAAAUGAUAAAUGAACUGCUAUUCUUAAAUACCAUUGCAUAAGAAAACUGAAUCAUGUUUAAGAGAUUUUAAAUUUGAUAAAAACCACAGCCCAGACGAUUUUGUCUUCUGUUGCAUCUGAGUUUGCGCAACGAUCGGUAUCACGUGAUUCUCCCCAGUGACACUUGGGAUGCUGGAGAGUCAAAGUGACUACCCACGAAAGAAGUCGGUCCAUCCGAUUCUCUCUGUUUAAAAAGUAUGCAACUUUGUUUAAUUGGCCUAUAUCAUGUUUGCCGUGACGGAAUAUGCUCUGACGGAAUAUUUCUCUUUCAAGUCACUUCCCAAGUUGAGCAGCGAGGAUGUCAGAGGAAAUGAUGGACAACAGAUCCCGUCCAACGACCAAGUGUCCUCGCCAACGAUGCCUGCCUUCGAACCCAUUCCCCAUGAUCACGACUUCUGCGAAAGAGUGGUCAUCAACGUCAGCGGACUAAGGUUCGAAACACAACUAAGAACUCUCAAUCAAUUUCCCGACAGUCUUUUGGGUGAUCCCACUCGAAGAAUUCGCUAUUUCGAUCCAUUGAGAAAUGAAUAUUUCUUCGACAGAAACAGGCCGAGCUUUGAUGCCAUUUUAUAUUAUUAUCAAAGUGGAGGAAGGCUCAGGAGACCAGUUAACGUCCCUUUGGAUGUAUUUUCGGAGGAAAUCAAAUUCUAUGAAUUAGGUGAAUUAGCUCUUAAUAAAUUUCGUGAAGAUGAAGGUUUUAUAAAAGAAGAAGAAAAACCACUUCCUAAAACUGAGUGGAAUAAAAAACUGUGGCUAUUGUUUGAAUAUCCAGAGAGUUCGCAAGGUGCCAGAAUUGUAGCUAUUAUAUCAGUAAUUGUUAUUCUCGCGUCCAUCUUUAUCUUUUGUUUGGAAACCUUGCCAGAAUUCAAACAUUACCGUCUAUUUAACACCUCCAAUAACAUGACAAGAGUUGUGGAGGAUGAAGUGCCGAAAACAACCGAUCCAUUCUUCAUUAUAGAAACGUGUUGUAUUGUUUGGUUUACUUUUGAAUUACUAGUACGUUUUUUAGCCUGUCCUGAUAAACUAGCCUUUUUUAAAGAUCCGAUGAAUAGCAUUGAUUUAGUUGCCAUCAUUCCUUAUUUCAUCACAUUAGCUACUGUUGUGGCAGAACAGAAAGACCUUCAAACACCCCUUACUGUGAAAGACCGAAGUGGAAAUAAUCAGGCAAUGUCUCUGGCUAUUCUGAGAGUCAUUCGUCUUGUCAGAGUCUUUCGAAUAUUUAAGCUUUCUAGGCAUUCUAAAGGUCUUCAAAUUCUUGGACGUACAUUAAAAGCAAGCAUGAGAGAACUAGGAUUGCUCAUAUUUUUCUUGUUUAUUGGUGUGAUAUUAUUCUCUAGUGCUGUGUACUAUGCUGAAGCAGAUUCUGAAAGAUCUUAUUUCAAAAGUAUCCCAGAUGCAUUUUGGUGGGCUGUAGUUACUAUGACGACUGUUGGUUAUGGAGAUAUGACGCCUAUUGGGGUGUGGGGUAAAAUUGUUGGUUCAUUGUGCGCAAUUGCUGGUGUGUUGACAAUUGCUCUUCCUGUACCAGUUAUUGUUUCAAAUUUCAAUUAUUUCUAUCACAGAGAAACGGAUCAGGAAAUGAUGAUGUCGCAGAAUUUUAAUCAUGUAAUCAGCUGUCCAUAUCUUCCGGGCACUGUUGGUAGCAAACUAAAACGAGAAUCUAUGACUGAUUCUGCAUCCGAUAUCUUAGAUUCAGAAGAUGGAAUAUUUAUCAAUAAUGAAGAAUUUCAGAAAAAACACAAUUAUAUGUAUUCAUACAAUAACAAUAACCAGAAUAAUUCCUCUCCAUUUGAAACUGACGUCUGAUGAAUUGGUCUUUAUAUGCCAGCAGGCUGUUAUUGUAUAUUAACUGAAACCAUAUUGGUUUCUAUACAACCUAUUUCAUUGUAGGAUGUGGACAAACACAACUUCUCUUUUUUCUACUCAUCUAUCAUCUCUACUAUUCAUUGUUUUCAUAGGCAAAUUUCACAAAGAAUGGAAUAAUUUGGUGUUAUUGACAAGUAAGCUGAGAAGUUACAUUGUAUUCCAAGAACUGAGUAGCUUAAAGAUUAAAAAAAGGAAUUUCUUUCCGAAAUUCUUAUCAGAGGAAUUCAUAUUUAAAUAUUUCCGAUAAUUUGGUUUUUCGUGCACAGAAAUCAAUGAUAUUAACUAUUUUUUUUCAGUUUUCUUGCUAAGAUACGAUAAGUAUUAAUUCACUAGUCUAGUAACUUUGUAAAAUGUAGUAUAAUCUACCUGCAUGAACAAACUAAAAUUAGAAUUAGUAUAUCUUCGAUAUAAAAUUAGACUUUUCCUACAAAAACUUUUCCCAUUGUAUGUAUAAUAGACCUUUAAUGUAGUUACCAUUUAUAUACCUUAUUCAAAUUGUCAUUAGUAGCUGCUACAUUUCUGAGCGAAACAGAGAGGGAAAGCCAUAAUUAAUUUACUUUUAAAUAUUAAAAAGUAUAUCAUUAUUAAUAAAACCUGUACAAAAGUUAAAACUAACCAUUUAUUUGUUUAUAAGUUUAAAAUUUGUUGUAUAAGUAUGGCAUCGUCUCAUUAAGUGCUCUUAUUGGAACUUUUUGUUAUCACGUAGGAAGAUAUCAUCAUAUAAAAAUAAAUUUUAACACUGAAGUAAGCAAAGAGGAUCUUAGAAAAUGAGGCCAGUAUGAUUGUUAUAAUAAUGUCAAUAUGCUUUCUUUAAUAGUGUAUAUCGAAGUAUCUAAUUAAUCUAUGUCUAUUUAUUCCUCGCAUUUCCAACUCAUAAGAUUUUUACAUGAAAUUUGAAAUUGCCAAAAUUUGUCUCCGCUGUAUAUAUGUAAUGAAUAUUUUCUGCAAUCAAAAUUUAUAAAGUGCAAUUAAAUUAUUGUAUGUGCAUUUUUAUUCUUUGCAAUAUGUAUUACUCGCCUAACUACUAGUAUUUAAUCAUAUAUUAUUUAUCAUUAAUCUUUCUGGUAACAGGAAAUGUUAUCUUCUGAAUUAUUUUAACAAAAUCAUAGCUGAUAGUAAAUAGGCUAUAUAAAUUCGUUAUAACGAACCUUCCUUUUAACCUUCUUUUAAAUAUUUACUCCAAAUUUUACGUAUAAAUCAAUUAAGUUAGCAUUAGUUUAAAUGAUCCUUCAAUUAUAAUGAAUUAUAAUUUUGCUUACUUCCUGAUGUAAAUUCUAAUAACCAACCAUUCAAAAUGCUUGUUGAUAAAUUCUUCAUUAUUUUAAAUUAUUAGUUGUUUGAUAGUCAGGUCAUUAUUUUAUUUUAUUAAAUAUUAAAAUAGUAAUUCUUUUUUAAAAAGAAAUAAUUAUUGUAAUAAAAUCAUAAACUUUUUAUUUAAUAUGAUAAGCUUUAUAGUAAUUCGUGCUUAUAACAGAAUGAAAAGUCGUCAGGUUAACAUAAGUCAUUGACAGUUCUAUCUAAUAAGAUAUUUAGAAAAUAUUGGCCAUCUACCUAGAGUAGUUAACAUAUAAAAAUGAACUAAUACAAGAAAAUAUUUAAAUUACUGAGUAAGAAUCUGUAAGAAUAGAAAAGUAUCAAAGCUGUUGUUUUGAUUAAUUUUAGCUGUUGAUUUUGCAUUUUGAAACAAAAUUUCAUCUAAGAGAUUAUAUUCAUUGGUUGUAAAUCCAAGAAUUAUGUAACUAGUGAAUUACUUUAAUCCUUUCUGACAUGGAAGUUUCAAAUUAAAUCAUAUCGAGAAUGAUUUUUAAUUCAUUAUUAAUAAGCCGGAUUAAAUAACCCUUGUUUCGUACUGUAAAUGCUCUCUCCAGGAAAUAUUUGAACUAUUUAAAUGAGAAAAAUUUUAUCAUCAGAGAAGUGUGUUUAUGUUUCAGUAAAAUUGAUUUUUAAAUCCUAAAAAAAAAUAGUUUCCAUUUAUAAUAGUUUUGUUUUCUUAGCAACUUCAUAUUUUUCAUAUAUUCAAAAUAACUCGAACAUAUUUGUAUAUUAUAUUAUUAGAUAUAAAUGCAAAGGUUAUAAUUGAAACCAUUGUGAGCAUUCGC